AAAAAAACAUGGCUUUUUAAUAAUAUUAUUAUUAAUGCACUGGGAAUAUUAUUGUUUUGAACCGACAAAGUAACGAGUUAAAUAUAGGACUAGACUCAAUUGAGACACAAACAAAGAAAUGUUUUUACUUUUAUAAAUACUGAAGCAGAAUAAAAGAUUCUGGAAAUUACAAAAGAUCUAAAGUGCAAGUGUAAUAAUUAUUAUAAGUUGAAUGAAGUAUUAAUUAUUAAAUUUUAUUCAAGGCUGGUUCUAAUGCCGAAUAAAAUUGAUGCAAUAUAAAGUGAAUCACCCACUACACUGCUGUAUCAACAUUGAAAAGGCAUUGUUUGAAACAUUUCCUCCAAUCUUGUGUAAAAACUAAGCGUCAUCAAUGUCAAAAAGCCGGUAUUAGUACUGCGUAACUGAACUCAUGAGAAAAUGGAGGAAUGUGAGAGUGAACUACAAACGAGAGAAGAGGCAGGAAAAGUAUCAGGAUAAAAGAAGGAAAUACAUCCACAGUGAAAUACUGACGUUCUUGGAUACUGCGUGCCAAAAUAAUAGGCAUUCGAAAAACAAUGUUGACCAUCAAAAUGACUCCAAAGACUGUCCAUCCAUUCCUGAUGUGGAUACCAAUAGUCUUCUACAAUUGGACCUCGAAGAAGUUGACUUCAAGGACGAAUUUUCUUCGGAAGUGUCUGAGAAUAAAUUUCAAAUCGAUUCAGUUUCUCUGCAAAAUACUCCUGCUGAAGACUUAAAGACGACAGCGAGCAGAGAGUUUCUUCUGUCAUUGUUACCUGAUGUGAUGUCGCUGAAUGAGAGACAGAACAUGCAAUUUAGAUUGGAUGUUUCGAAUCUUAUAAACGAUUUGAGAUUCAGUAACAAAUUCCAGAAUUAAACUCCUCAAUAUUCAGAUGAAAAUGUGUGUGAAGACAGUAAAAAUAUUAGAUUAGACCUAUAUUUUCCAUCAUUUUGAAUCAAGAUCAGACCUAUAUUUUCCAUCAUUUCGAAUGAAUUACUUAAUAUUACGUACUCUAAGUGCUUGUAAUAUAAUUUUCCCUCAAUGAUCACCAUAAAAAUUUUGCUUCACCUUGAGUAUUUUCACUUGAAAAGUGAUGUGUGAUCAUCAGAGAAUUGUUCAUAUAUAAUAGAUAACUAUAAAUAAGAGAUGACGAGCAUAAAUUAACCGUUAUGAAUUUGAAAUCUCCUCUAUGUAAGGGUGACUAGUUUAACGUAUUUCACGUUCUUAUGGACCAUGCUUUUUCAUGAGUAUUGGUGUUUAUACGGUAUAUCUACAAGCCAUUCCAUUUUUUCAAGGACAUUGC